AUGGGAGGCAUGUAUCAAUCGAUACUCUCACAGGCAACGCGACCAAUAGCUUCUAAGGAAAAAGAGAACCGAAGUGAUGGAGUCAUCACCAUAUGCAGGACGCAAAAACGAAACCCCAAAGAUUUAGCGAGGGCUAAGCUUUGGGGAAACAAAACGGGCUACAUGUCCUCGAAGUCACUCGGAAAAGUGCGAGAGGCGAUUUCAGACCUUCGGCUAUUUCAAGUAUUCAAAGUUGUCAGCCACUUAACUUACCAUGCCGUGAUGGCAGCUGCAAGUAAACUGAAGGUGGUGGCCGCACGAGAAGCCCAGGGAUCUGUGAGAAAGCCGACUUUAGCCCGCGAUGCUACUCACCCAGAAACGGAGAUAACAUUUGCUCUCUGCUGCAAGCAACAAACGUCUGACCACCCUGAUGGUUUUUGA